GAGUGAUCGCAAGAGGUCUCGGUAGGUCAGAGGUGGUUUUAUCAUGAUAAUACGUCAGCUCAGUACCGCUAUAAAGGGCCAAGCCAUCUGUGGGACAUUACAAUCUCAACCCAAUUCUCUCGAGGACUGCAGGAAAGGAAAAAUUACAAAGAUGAAACUGUACCUGGCUGCAGCCGUGCUGAUGCUUGUGCUUGCUGUGCACACAGAGGCCCAGGAUGAGCCCACACUGGAACAGCAAUUUGCCAAAUUCCAGACCAAGGUGAUGGAGCUUACAGAAGACCUGACGCAGAAGACCAAGACCACCUUCGAAGAGCUUGAAAAGAACGAGCUUGUCAUUAAAACCAGGAACUGGCUUACUGAGCAGUUUGAGGCGAUGAAGGAUAAGAUAGCCGCAUCCAUUAUUUAAAGUGAAAAGCAAUGAUCUUAUACCCAUCGUCCCUUCAAUCAUGUCAUUACUGUGGGAUAUGUGAUACCACCCAGACCCUGUUGUGCCAACUGGUGCAUUUGUUACAGUUCAGUACAUCUUCAAAAUCUGUGAUGAUCUCCAUGUCAUUUGUGUAAAAUAGUUUAUAAUUUUGCGGGAUGCUGUUAAAUAUUGUCGGGAAAAGUGUAAAAUCUAAAUAUACAUUCAGAUUUUUUUCGAAAGAAUAAAUGAUGGAACACAGAA